GAAAAAGCUAAUGGCACUCGCCCGCGCCCUCCAACGCCAUUCUCGGGGUUCCUCUGCCAUUUGAAAUUCAUUCAUGUUAGUGAUGGUUUAUUGGAAGAUUGGAAAGACUUUUACAGCCGCCAAGAUCGAUUGCUGUUUCUAGGUAACUUCAGUUAUUGUAAAAUGCAAUACAGACGGUAAGAUAACAUGAGAAUAUGUGCUUCUUUGCUCUGGACGGACCUCUUUUUCGGCUUCAGCCACAGCUCGAGGUUAUUGCGAAUCAAAACAGGUCAAGUCCUCAUGCACCCGUCGUUUCUAUGCACAUUCACAGGGAUGCUUGCAAUGUGGCUGGCUGGCGGAGUGAUGCCUAUGCUACGGUCUUGUACAGCUGUCGGCAAAACUAACCAUUAUCUGUUUCCCAACAAAUGGCGUUAAGAUGACAUGACAUUGAUGGAUUACGUCCUGAA